AUGUACACAGCCAGCACCUUCUCUCUAUCCUUCUGUGGCCCCAACACUGUCCACCAGUUCUUCUGCGAUGGUCCCCAGUUGCUAAGACUUGCAUGUUCCACUGACCAUGUCCCAGAACAUGUGAGUUUAGCCAUCAGUGUCUGUUUAGUUUUCAUUUGCUUUGUGCUCCUCGUGGGCUCCUACGCCCGCAUCUUCUCAGCAGUGCUGAGGAUGCCGUCGGCAGAGGGCCGCUCUAAAGCCUUCUCCACCUGUCUGCCCCACCUGGUUGUUGUCACUGUGUUCAUCACGUCUGGCUUCUCUGCCUACCUAAAGCAAAUAUCAGACUCUUCGUCUGCACUGGACCUGCUGGUGUCUGUGUUCUAUGCCUUGGUGCUGAAGUAUCACAUCACCAUGUUCUUCUGCGAUGGUCCCCACUUGGUAAGACUUGCAUGUUCUACUGACCAUGUCCUGGAAGAUGUGAGUAUAGCCAUUACCAUCUGCUUAUCUUUCUUCUGCUUCAUGCUCAUCGUGGGCUCCUACUUCCACAUCUUCUUGGCUGUGCUGAGGAUGACGUCGGCGGAGGGCCGCUCCAAAUCCUUCUCCACCUGUUGGCCCCACCUUGUCGUCGUCACUCUGUACAUCACGUCUGGUGCCAAGGUGUCCAGCACCGAAAGCAUCUGCUGA